AUGUCAAAAUGUCCUAGACACAAUCAGCAAGAAUUGUUAUCGUAUUUUCUUGCAAAAGUCAUUGGUCAGGGCACUGAACACUUUACAUCCCAACUUCUUUCCCUCAAUAACCGCUCUUGUACAAUCAACCUAAACAUUUGUUUGCCAAGAGCUUUCCUUGUGCAUUUAGAGGCUCUUUUGGAACUCCGCGAGAUUCGUGAGAACAACCUACGUAAAAGUGCGACAGUUGUGCGUCUAUGGGUUUCUGAUGUCGAACCAAAAAUCUACAGACUUGGUCACGAAAAAUGGGUAAUUUUGGAACAAGUCCUAAUCGCCGCUUUAGACGUCGGCAAUUUGGAUCUUGCACAGGUUUGUCUGAAUCACCUACGAAAGCGUUUUCCAGAGAGUUCCCGCGUUAAACGUCUCUACGGAAUGUACUUAGAGGCUUCGAAUAAAAUCGAUGACGCCCGCAAUAUCUACAAACAAAUCCUCGACAAAGAAACAACGGAUGUUAUUGCUCGCAAGCGUCUGAUCACGAUUUUCAAGGCUCAAGGUUGUAUUAACAACGCAAUUGAUGAGUUAAACAAAUAUCUCAAGAUAUUCAUGGCUGAUGUGGAGGCGUGGGGUGAGCUGAGUGAUUUGUACCUAGCCCAGGGGGACUAUAAGCACGCUGCAUUUUGUAUGGAAGAGGUGAUUCUUGCUAAUCCCCACAAUCACCUGCUUCACGAACGCCUUGCUGAGAUUAAGUACUCCGAAGGGGGCGUUGAAAAUCUGGAAUUAGCACGAGCCUACUUCGCUCAAGCCUGCCGAAUUAAUCCAUUGAACAUCCGAGCUCUCUACGGUUUGAUUCUGGCCGCCUCAAGCCUCUCUGGCAAGUUGACGGAAAAGACUCUAGCUGCCUUGCUUGAGGAGAGCAGCAACGCUGCCGUAUCGCAUCAGUACAGCCUACCGCCGCCAAAUGCGGUCGCUCGUGUUGGAGGGGGUGGUAGCGGUGGUGGUAGUUUCGACAGCAAACGCGAGAACCAUCAGCUCAUCAUAUGGGCCGUUGGGAAGUUGAAAAAAAUCUACUUGGACGCCGGUAUGGUUGCUCCAGUAGCACUUGCUAAUGUGAUCAAAGCGAAGGUGGGCACUACAUCACGUGAGACUCCCGCAUUGCCUUUAUCGUCGUCUCGUCUAAGAGGCGACUACGCAGCCCUUCCUGAAAUGUUUGAAUGUCUCUCUACGUCUCUGGAGGAGUCUCCGCGUCAACACAAGAAAUGA